CCGCCGUUGCCAUGGCAGCAGGGCUCCGCGUCCUGGCCGGAAGUCGCGCUGCCAGGCUGUGUGCGGACUGGAGACGAUACCGGGACCCUGCGUCUGAUGUCCUCCAGAGACAGAGCUCAGCUCCCAGGAGCCGGGGGCGGCCUGUGGAACUGCCCCCGUGUGCCCCAGUACAGCCAGGAGACCCAGGAGCUCCUGAGAGUGAUGAUGCAGGAAUCCCGGCUGACCCGCUUCCAGGAGAGACAGAUCGGCGAGAGGCUGCAGAAAGGGGGCGCCCUCCCGCCGCGCUGUCACCCCACCUCCAGCGAAGUACCCAGAGCCCCAGCCGCAGCUCCCAGACCCCAGCCAAGGGCAGGCCCGAGCCCCGCCUUCAAGCCCCAGCGGCGCAGCGCCGAACAGUGUCAGGCCGGAGACAGCUACCAGAGGGAGAGGUUCCGCCCCAGACCCACACGAGACCCGGAGAAGGAGAAGAGGCGUCUGCAGAGCCUGCUGGCCACGGGGCGCGAGGAGCCCGGUCCGCCGCCCCCCCUGCCCGACGCUGCCGGGACAGAAGCUACCCCGGGGAGGGAUCGCUUCCAGGAGGUGCUGGACGAGAUCGAGGAGAGACGGCAGUUCCUGGAGGAGAUGACUGCGCUGGGAAGAGGGAAGGAGUACCAGACCAUCAUCAGCACGGAGAUCUCCCAGAAAAUCCGUGAGCUGGAGCUGAUCGACGGGGCUCGGUGCUCGGAGCUGAGCGCCCUGAGGCAGAGGGGGCAGGAGCAGCCCUGAGUGAGGGGGUCUGGGGGGUCAGCUCGGUCACCCCUUCCUGCCACACAGGUCUGGAGUGGACCAGACAAGCUCCCUCAAGGUGUCAUGACUUAUUCCCCACAAACAAGAGACGUGCGCUCAGCUCUGGACCUUGGGAAAAUUUCCCCCGCUCCACCAACACAGACAGUGGUCCGGCACGCAGCAGCACCACCGGUGAACACAGUUUAGACUGGACUGGACAUCCCACUGAGUCACAGCUCCCAGUACGUGACUCUUACCCUGUACUGUGAGCACAGGGGUCACUUCAAUCGGGGGUCCUAGACCAGUCAGUCUGUUCUUUGUCUAGACGUAUCCUUACACACCCUCAUACACAGACCGACAGGUAAUGGGCUCAAAUUCUCUUCUUCUGGAGACACCGAGAUGUGCGUGAGACACCCAUGAAUGGACUGCAGUGAAGGACCCAGAUACGGUUCAUGACAGAACACAAAAUCGAUUAAAGAUUUAAAACACAA